GGGUGGAUCGGGGCAGAUGGGCUCAUGCCAGGAGCUAGGAGCGUGACUUUGCUUUGUCCUGCAGUGGUCAGUCCACCCCCUUCUGCCCCUUCACCCCCUCCUCCCGUUUGAACCGAGUCUUUCAAAUUACUGGUUAGAGUGAUUGCAUUUCUCCCUUUUCCCCAUCAUUUAAACAAACAAAAAUGCCUGUGAAAGUUUCCUUGUAAAGGGCCAAACAUGAGUGAGGCCUUCCAUCCAGUUCGUGACUCGGCCCUUCUGCUGCCCCUCCCCAAGAUUUCCGGUCGCGCCAACAUAUACUGGACACCUGCUGUCCUCCAGCCACACUGCUGGGUUCUGGACACACGGAGAUGAGCAAUCAGACACUGUCCUGCCCAUCAUUUGAUGCCUUAACUGCCUUCCUAUCCUCCAGCUUAGAGGGGUGAAAUAGAACUCGAUCAUAAAACACCACGAACAAGUCUGAGGAGGGUAUUUUAUCUCAGAAUUUUCAAUGCAAAGAUGAGCUCCAAUGUAGCUGUCACUUUUGUGAGCCAUCUGUUGCAAAAUGACCUCACAAACCCCAAACAACCUUAGUGUGAGGUACCGCAGAAACAAGAAGCCACACGCCCGCGUUUCUGCCUCAGGUACUCCCUUUGGGAAGAUGGCUUUGGAUUCCUUGACGUUAAACCCAAAAAGCAAGGUGUUAGGGGGCAGAGGCUGUGGACUCCUUGUAAUGGGAACUAGAUUCCCUUUACGCCACUACGGUUCUGGUCCCAGCCGACCUUCUUUCUGUCUGUUUUUUAAACAGCCCAGUCUUUCCCACUCCUUGGCCUUUGGCUUACGGUCCCUCCCCUUGCCUGGAGCACUCUGAUUUCCCUUCACAUCUCAGCUCCAAUGGCACCUUGGCAAGAGGUUUGUCCUACUGAAAUUGUUUUAUUGAUUUAGUUGCUAGGCUUCUUUAUGAUCUGUUCCCCUCAAGGGCAAAGACCUUGCCUGUUAUCUUGUCUCCCGGAUGAUCUGUGCUUAGAAUAGUGCCUUAGCUAACAAUAGGUGCUCAAUAAAUACCGAAUGAGUAAGUGUAGAAAUUCCACUCUUUUCUGGGUAGUCCAAACUACACCAAGCACUCUUUGAUGCACAAACCCCAUGGUCCCCCUCUGCCUUCCUGAGCUGGGAGCUCCUACACUUCCCGUUUGCUAGAACUCAGACUUAUUUCUAUGCCCAGCUGCACCCCCACUUUCGGAGGGAUGACAUCCUCCUCCCAUGCUUUUUCUGUCGGCAGAUUCAGCAGGGCGGGACCUGCCCCUUUAAUCUGGGCUCCACCUGCUCUGGUCAGACUGGUUUGGAGAUACAGGUCUCCCUUUGAGGGAGACCGGAGAAAUACUUGCACAGCCAGCAGGGAGCUGGGCAGCUCCUUCCCAGACGCUGUGAGGACCCUCUGCCUCUCCAGAUGGAAAGUAAGAGGGUGUCAAAGAUCCGAAUGUCAAGGAGUGGGGGGCCCUUGCGGAGGUAGAGGCAGGGGUCAGCCCCAUCAAGAAGCAGUGGGACAGAACAGACGGCAGGGGGAGGAGAGACCUGAGAGGAGGCAGGGGGGCAGCUGCCACGGGACCUCGAGGGCAGAGUGCACAGACCCAGGCCCUUGGAGCUGACCAGGGUGGGCUUGUGAGGAGUUUGGAAGCUGCCCCAGUACCCAGGCUCGAACGAUAAAACAGGGUGUAUUCAUGCCACCAGUUCCUGGGGACAGAUCUGUUGGCAAAUCACUAGUAUCGGUUGCCAGGAAGAGUCCGAGCGGGGUCUGCAGGGAGAAGGGGAGGUUCUAAGGUGAAGGAGGAGGCUUCUGUGUCCCCGAGGAGGUCCUCGGUCAGUGGCAACUCUGGGCAAAGCUCUAGGCACCUUUCCUUCCUCUGGGUCCUGCACUGAGGUGGCCAUGUCCCCGGGGUUUUUGGUGGAGGGGUAGAAGGCGUGGGCGGGGGCUGGCCCAGCCGAAGGCCUGUGACCCCGGACUCACCCUCUCCUGCUGGAUGGCCUUCGAUGUCGUAAGGGUGUCUCCAUGUCAGCUGCUCACUGCUCUCCCACCUCCCUGUUCCAGCACCUUCCGCCACACCAUGUCCUCCCAAAGGUUCCCGAGGGGACUAAAGCCCACGAGACUGGCUGCCCUGCAGAGUUCCAGUUUCGUCCACCCGUCCUCAGGGCCAGAGGACGGGGUCCUCUGACGAAACUUACCUCUGCUAACCUCCAGGGUGACAUGACCUCACGGUAGACCCCAGAACCGAGGCCCCAGGAUGACGGAACCCGAGACCCUGGCUCUGUUGGAGGUGAAGGGGUCUGAGGCCCCGGAGAAGAGCGCGCCCCAGGCCUUGGUCCCCAAUGGCGGGCAGCCGGAGGGGGAGAGCGGGGCUGAGUCCCCUGGCGCUGAGUCCCCCAGAGUGGAGUCAUCGGCCGGGUCUCCCGCAGCUGGAGAGGGGACUGAGGAUGGUCUAGACAGCACCGUGAGUGAGGCUGCCACCCUGCCUUGGGGAACCGGCCCCCAGCCCAGUGCUCCGUUUCCGGACCCGCCCGGCUGGCGGAACCUGGAGCCCGAGCUCCUGGAGGUGGAGCCGCCCAGCAAGCCGGAGGGCCUGCCAGAGGAUGACACUGACCCGCUGCCCGAAAAGGUGGCCCGAGCCUGCGUGCCCAUCGACCUGCAGUGCAUUGAGCGGCGGCCCCAGGAGGCCGUCGCCCUGUGCUGUGAGGCGGGCGAGGCUGAGCGCCGCCGGGCCCUCCUGCACCCCCGAGCCGAGCCCCCCGAGCUGCCGGAGCGCAAGUGGGCCGAGGCUGCCACGAGGCCGCCCAGCCGCACCUGCAGGGGCUGCGGAAGCUGCGGAGGCCAGGAGGGGCUGAAGGCUGUGGCCUCGGUGGUGGCCGCCCUCGUCCUCUUCCCCUGCCUGCUGUACGGGGCCUACACCUUCCUGCCCUUCGACGCCCCCCGGCUGCCCACCAUGAGUUCCCGCCUCAUCUACACGCUGCGCUGCGGGGUCUUCGCCACCUUCCCCAUCGUGCUGGGCCUCCUAGUGUACGGGCUGAGCCUGCUGUGCUUCUCCGCCCUGCGGCCCUUUGCCGAGCCGCGGCGGGAGGUGGAGAUCCACCGGCAGUAUGUGGCUCAGUCGGUCCAGCUCUUCAUCCUGUACUUCUUCAACCUGGCUGUGCUGUCCACCUACCUGCCCCAAGACACCCUCAAGCUGCUCCCGCUGCUCACCGGCCUCUUCGCGGUCUCCCGGCUGCUAUACUGGGUGACCUUCGCCGUGGGCCGCUCGUUCCGAGGCUUCGGCUACGGCCUGACGUUCCUGCCGCUGCUGUGCAUGCUGGUGUGGAACCUCUACUACAUGUUCGUGGUGGAGCCCGAGCGCAUGCUCACCGCGGAGACCCGCCCCGACUACCCGGACCACGUCCCCUCCGACCACAGGCCCCGGCCCUGGGGCUGAGCGCGACCGCCCGGUCCCCGCCCGAUCCGCCUGGAGGUGCCGGCUCUCCCCGCGUCCGCGCUGCUCUCGCCUUGGACGCGGGCCGUUUUCUUGCAGGAGAGAGGUGGACAGCCAUGUCCUUUAAGGAUGCUGAGGGCGCGGGCUCGGGACCAGGAGGAGGAGCCUCGCAGCGCGGCCACCCGUCCACACGGCUGCGCUGGGCCCCACUCUCCAGCCUCCUGCGAGGCGGUGGGCAGAGCCACAGCCCAAACUGACCCUUUCCGUGCGGGUUGUCUGGGCAGGGGCCGCACACUGCUCGUCCCUGAAGAUGAUCUGGGUGGCAGAUCCCAUAGGACGCUCAUGUUGGGUGGAACCUUCCCGCUGGCCUGGUUCGGGCCCUGCACUGUUGGCCCUCACAGGCCCUUUGGCCUCGGACAGGACAAUCACAGCUGGCCCACAGCUGCGGCCGCCGCCCUCCCACCGAUUAGGUCCCUGUAACUCCCCACCUCCAGCCUGUGAGGGGACGGGAGGGGAAGGAAGGGGGUGUGUGUCCGUGUCCACGCGUGUGGCGGCUGGGAGGCACCGUGGCUGCUGUUAACCCCAUGUGAAUGUGGGUGUGACGAUAAAUGACUCCCGCUGUCUCACUUGGCUUGUACUUCGCGCUUGCACCCCCGUCUCGCGUGCCCCUUCCUUGUUCACACCGCACCAGAAACCUCCCCGCUACACGUGACGGAGCCGCUGGCA